CUUCGGCACGCCGUGUCAAUGAUUCAGUCUCCUUCCAGCCUCCUGGCUCCAGUUUUCUCAUGUUAAUCUCGCAGAUAGACUUCGGGCGGUCUGUGUUACGAGAGACGGCUGAUGGACAGGGCCAUCUGCAUCAAUCGCUCGUUCAGAUUCGUUCCGACGCUUUCUCUCAUCAUCCAUGAGCACCAGCGGCGCGGAGCAACUGAGCAACGCCAUCGAGCAGCUUCAGCUCCGAAAUGGCAUUCCCACCAUUGACUUUACGCAACAUGUGCUCGAGGACGGCACGACUGUUAACACGCAGGAGCGAGUGAUCAAAGACGUGCAAGCGCCCGCCAUGACGAUUCCGACACCUGAGCAGUUUUUCUCCAAGAGUGAUCCCACGAAGCCCGACAUCGCCUUCUUGAAGAACCAUUUCUACCGGGAAGGCCGUCUGAGCGAGGAUCAAGCAUUAUAUAUCAUCGAGCAGGCGACAGAGCUGUUGAAAGAGGAGCCGAACCUGAUCCCGUUGGAAGGAUCCAUAACGAUAUGUGGAGAUAUCCAUGGUCAAUACUAUGAUCUCGUCAAACUAUUCGAUUUCGGUGGCAACCCAGGAGAUACGACCUACCUCUUCCUGGGUGACUACGUGGAUCGUGGAUACUUCAGUGUGGAGUGCGUUCUGUAUCUGUGGGCUCUCAAGAUCUGGUAUCCUACUCGCGUCUACUUGCUCCGUGGCAACCACGAAUGCCGCCAUUUGACGGAUUAUUUUACCUUCAAGCUCGAGUGCAAGCACAAAUACUCUGAACGACUUUACGACGCCUGCACAGACUCUUUUUGUGCUCUGCCCCUUGCUGCCGUUGUGAAUAAGCGGUUCCUGUGCAUUCACGGCGGCUUGUCCCCGGAGCUGAACACGUUGGACGACAUCCGCAAUAUCGAUCGGUUCCGCGAGCCACCGAACCAGGGCCUCAUGUGCGAUAUCUUGUGGUCAGAUCCUAUAGAGAACUUUGGCUCGGAGACGACGACCGAUCACUUCGUGCACAAUCAUGUGCGAGGAUGCUCGUACUUUUUCACAUACCAUGCUGUGUGCGCCUUCCUCGAACGCAACAAGCUUACGUCUGUCAUCAGAGCGCAUGAAGCUCAGGACAAGGGGUAUCGCAUGUACCGGAACGGGCGGGUGGCGGAGUUCCCCUCGCUCAUGACGAUCUUCUCAGCACCCAACUACUUGGACGUGUACAACAAUAAGGCUGCUGUCAUCAAAUACGAAAACGAUGUGAUGAACAUCCGCCAAUUCAAUUACAGUCCACAUCCGUACUGGCUCCCCAACUUUAUGGAUGUUUUCACCUGGAGUCUGCCGUUCGUCGGAGAGAAGAUCACGCACAUGCUCGUCGCAGUGCUGAACACGUGCACAAAGGAAGAACUGGAGGAGCGGGACGAAGCGUCCUCCCCGACUGUGACUGAAGACACCAAAGCCAGGCAGCAGGUCAUUAAAAACAAGAUUAUGGCUGUCGGCCGGAUGUCUCUGGUAUUCUCGUUACUUCGAGAGGAGUCGGAGAAAGUGUCGGAGCUCAAGAACAUAUCUGGGUCCGCCAAGUUGCCGUAUGGGACACUGGCCUCCGGUUCUGAGGGCAUCAAGGCUGCCAUCAGUGGCUUUGAGGAUGCUCGGAUAUCAGAUAUCGAGAACGAGCGACUGCCUCCGCAACUGGUUGACGCGAGCUCGGAGCAGGGCAAGGCUCUCAUGUCGGCACCCGAUCCAGAGCCCGCUGCUGACUCCGCAGUCGGCCCAGCCUCCGAGUCCGCUCCGUCAACGAUCCCCACACCUUUCCGUCGCGGACAUGGCAGACAGGCCAGUCUGGGAACAACAAUGACAAGUCCAAGUACGCGGAACCGCGGGCUGGAAGAUACGCGCAGUCUCAUACACGAAGUAUGGGAACGCAAGGAAGAGGCGAUUCCAGCGGCCAGUGGCGCCGCCGAGGAUGUGAGCGGGUCUGAUUGACGAUCUAAUCGGAUGAUCUCUUUUGGAGUUGUACAAGCGGGGACACGACAACAUGAUUACACACACGCAUAGAUAACAUCUGGAUAAUUAGACCGCUCAGAGAGUGAGUUGGUAUUCGUACUCGUCUGUUGUGUGCUGUGCCAUCCACAGUACAACCACAGACAGCAUGAGGGCAACGUUCUGGGAGACGGCCGCGUAGCCAUAGUACUUGAACUGGGCGUCAUGUGCCGGAAGGACGUACUUCAGUACAAGUAAGCUCUGGGACAUCGCGCACGAGUAGUGAGCUGCGUUCGCAAGAUGACGGAUCAAAUGCACGCACCACGCUACCCGCGAGUCCACCUGCCAUCAAGGCAAACCCGAUGAAUAGAAAAAGCCGGGCUCUCCAGACAGCGCGAGGGUCUCCAAAGUCCUCACCACGGAUACGGUCCUUGUCGAUAAGGUUGAUGACGAGGUAUCCGAGGAGAGAGCAAAUUCCCGGCACCCAGUCAACGAAUGAGACGUGGACUGGGACAGGGGUGUCAGGCUGACCCCAGGGAGCCUUUGCGUGAGCGGAAACGAUGCAUGCGUCUAAGAACAGCCAAUUGGCUAGUGCGAACUACGGCAUUCACAAUCAACACCCUCCAGUCAGCAGAGUUCGGUGGUGACGCACGAGACCCCCAGCGAGGUAUACACCAAGAGUGCGGCGAUGUUUUCCCAACUCGAUGUUGGGAAACGGGUUGAGGCAAACCCUUCUCGGGUCGUAGUGGGCCUGCGGCAGAGACAUGGGAUGUGGCUAUGCGGCCGCCAUCAGUUCCAUCCGACGGCCGUCAAUUACUGUGCCUCACCUCGAAAGAACGACCAUGUCCACGUCUAGGGAUCGCGCGCUUGAGGAUACCUACGAAUCCCAAAAUGACCAAAGGCUAGAUGAGCUUCACGGGAAGCUCCGUACGCUGCGUGGGAUCACCACAGACAUCCAUGACGACGUAGAGCGGCAGAACCUUAUGCUGGACGAGACAGGUGAUCGUUUCAGCUCGUUUGGCGCCACAUUGGCCCAAACAACGCGCCGCGCGGGGCAAGCCUUCGGGAUCGGCGAAGGCGGUCUUCGGACGUGGCGUAUAGUCGUCUACAUUCUCGGCGCCUUCUUCGGCUUCUUGGUUGUGAGGAAAGCGUUCGCGUUGUGGAGGUCAAGUGGACCGGCAGUGUGAAGCGGGGACGGCGUUACGAAAGGUAUCAACCAUCUAUCCACGCCGCGUAGUCGUUCAUCUCUCAUGUGGUCCAGUCUACCAUAAUUUAUAAUGCUAUGUUUCCUGGAGGUCUCCCCA